CCCUAUAGAGUUGUUCGUUGUCAUAGAGUUUACUGUCAAUCCUGCCAAUUUUCUCGGUCGACGGAGAAAGCAAAUUUCAUUUCCCUACUUAUCAGCAGCCGAAACGUUCCUUACAAAUUUUUUAAAGAACAUUUUCUAGAGCUAGGAAAAUUUCCAAUUUUGUUAUUUUGUUGAAUAUCUGGCCAACUGAAUUCAUACUUUUGAAACCCCAUUUUGAGAGUUCUCCCAAGUGAUUCCACCUAGAGUAACUUUUAGCCAUGAAGAUCAAAGUGUCGGGUGAAUAUACGCUGGCCGAGAUCGAGGUGGAUGUGGACACCCAGUUGACGCCCGAGGAUCUGCAGCCCGGAGCCACAGUGCUGGCAUCCAACGAGGGCGUCGGCGACUUGGAGCAGAUUGUCAGUCACGAGGAGCUGUCCAGGUUCUUCACGGUGACCCCAGCGACCCCAGCCAUCCCCAUGUCCACGGAUGUGGUUGUGGAGCGCACCCUGGCGGAUCCGGCGCUCAAGCAGAUCCUGCAGGAGGCCGACGGCAAGAAGGGCUUCGAUCCCCAGGCGGAGCAAUUGAAGAUACGCGAAUUUUUGGCUGGGGUCACCAGCAGCAAGAUGACCACCGAGCAGUCGGUCUUUCAAGGACCUCGUACCAAUUUGUCUGCGGCUACUGGUAGCCGGAUGAAGUGCCCCCAGUGUCUGGUCAUCUACGAUGCUGUGGCCUUCCAGAGUCACUCCUGUGAGACAGAGGUCGAUCGGAAGCCCAUUGAUCUGGCAGUUGUCCAGCAGGAGACGCCCCUUUGCUUUCCUUCCGCUCCGCCUGCUCCGCCCAGUAAGCCAGGCAGCGAGCGUGUGAUCCUGGAGAACCAGGUGCGUCUGCGUCGCUACAUGAAGGAUGAGAUGAAGUACGACCUGACCACCGGCAGCGAUAGUUCGCGCGGCAGGAAGUCGACGAAGGGUCCGAACGAGUGCACCAUGUGCGAUCGCAAGUUUGUGCAUCCCUCGGGAUUGGUGCGCCACAUGGAGAAGCAUGCCCUGGAUUUAAUUCCCUCACAGGCCAGCCUGCCGCCUCAUACAGCUCCUCCGGCUGCCGGUCUGCUGGUCGUGGUGAAGUGCAACGCCUGUGGCCGCAUCUUUUACGAUCCGCAGGUGGCCCUGGAGCACGGACUCAUUCACUAUCCCGAGCAUCUGCCGGGGAUGUGUAAAUUCCAAGAGAGUCAAAACUGUAAAAGAGAUUUCAAGGAACUCCUCCUUGAGGGAGAGAUGCUGCUGGCCAGCGAAGUCACCGUAACGGCCACCCAGCAAAAGCGACGUGAGAAGGAGCUGUUCACCAGCCUGAUCCUGGGCAGCGUUUUGCAGUGCGAAUUUUGCGAGUUUGUCUUCGCCGACAUCGCCGAACUGCUCGUCCAUUCGGCCUCCCAUGUGGCGGAGCGGCGUUUCGAGUGCACCGCCUGCGACAUGCAGAUGAGCACGGCCAAGGAGGCCAGCAUUCACUUCCAGACGGACUGCAUCUUCAUGCGCGAGGCCAUUAGGUCGCUGAAUGUAACGCUGGGUCGCUACUUUGUGUGCAAUGUGUGCGAGCUGAAGUUCGCCAACACGGAGCUGCUGCAGGAGCAUCGAUACACCUCCUAUCACUACUUUCCGCGCCUCAGCGAGAGCGGCAAGAAGCUGCUGCUGCCCUGCGAGUUCUGCGAGGUCAACUUUGAGUUCGCCCACGAGAUCCUGGCGCACAACGAGGAGAAGCAUCUGAACAAGAAGAAGCGCGAGAAGGAGACCCGCAACACGGGCGCCGGUCGCCUGCGUCAGUAUUUGUGCGACAUCUGCGGCAAGUCGUACACCCAGUCGAGUCAUUUGUGGCAGCACCUGCGCUUCCACCAGGGUGUCAAGCCAUUUGUGUGCCAGGAGGAGAACUGCGAUCGCAAGUUCACCAUUCGACCGGAUCUCAACGACCACAUCCGCAAGUGCCACACGGGCGAACGACCAUAUUUGUGUCUGGUGUGCGGCAAGCGCUUCCUCACCGGCUCUGUCUUCUACCAGCACCGCCUGAUCCAUCGCGGCGAGCGGCGCUACGAGUGCGAGGAGUGCGGCAAGCGCUUCUACCGGGCGGAUGCGCUCAAGAACCACCAGCGCAUCCACACCGGCGAGAAGCCAUACAGCUGCUUGUUUUGCACCAAGACCUUCCGGCAGCGCGGCGACCGGGACAAGCACAUCCGGGCGCGACACUCGCAUUUGGACGCCAACUCGCGGCUCAUGAUGCAGAUGCAGAAGUUCCAGCUGGAGUCGGCCGCAGCUGCUGCUCAGAAGGGGCAGACGCUCAGUCCGGAGCAGCAGGUUCACCAGGUGGCUGGUGAGGCGGUGGCCUCGGGAUCAAGUUCCGCUGAGGCGGGCGAGGGGGCCAUUCAGUUUUCGGUCAUUACGGAGCAGCCGGAGGAAAUGAUGUGCCUGCCAAUGGGCGAGGUGAACGAUAGCUUUCUGAUGUCGCAUUAUGUUGAGGGCGUUCCCUUGGAGGCGGAUGGCUCCCAGCAGCAGAUAAUUGUCUUCGAGCAGCCGGUCCAGGGCAUGGAAAUGGAUGUGAUGAGCAUGUUCGACCCGCAGCAGGGUCAGGAACAAAUGCCGGAAAAUGCCAGGGUGGUGGUUGUCAAGAACAAUCCCUCCCAGCCGCGGUUUUCCGACACCUAUAUGUAAUAUU